UUGCAAAAUCUUUGCGUAAUUAAUCAAUACCAAGAUGCUUCACCUCACAGUGAAGCAUUCUGCUGACUACUGAAAGCUCUCUUCUCCCAUCUCCUCUCUCUCUUCCCUCAACAACCCACCCUUGGAAAUUGGAGAAAAGCUCAGGCCUUUGGUCCCAAGAUCUGAUCUUUUUCAGUUAUGGAGGCUGAGGCCUUGCUCGAUUCAGUUGUAUUUCAGCUCACUCCCACUCGAACGAGAUAUGAUUUGGUCAUCAUGGCAAAUGGAAAGUCAGAGAAGAUUGCAUCUGGGUUAUUAGAUCCAUUUCUCGCCCAUUUAAAGACUGCUAAAGAUCAGACUGCAAAGGGAGGAUAUUCUAUUAUACUCAAACCAAAGCCAAGAACUGAUACAACUUGGUUUACUAAGGACACUGUAGAAAGGUUUGUUCGAUAUGUGAGCGACACCUCGAGGUUUGAAAGAGUGAAUACUUUGGAAUCGGAUAUAUUACAGAUCAAUGAAGCCAUUGCUAUUCAAGGAAAUGGCAGACAUUCCUUGAGCAUGGGAGAAGAUCAUCAAAGUAGAUGGACAGGAUCUAUGAAAGUCAGCAGAUAUUCACUUAGUGCGAGUACCGAAAAGGCUGUGAAUGGGAAACAUCGACGUCUAUCAACGGGGUCCAUCACUCAAGAGGAAAAUUCAAGGCGUCAGCUUCUGAAAGUUCUUGAUAGCCGCAAAACUGUGUUAAGGAAAGAACAGGGAAUGGCCUUUGCACGGGCUGUGGCUGCCGGUUUUGAUGUGGAUCAUAUGGCGAAUUUAAUAUUAUUUGCAAAGAGUUUUGGGGCUUCCCGUUUGCUGGAGGCCUGCUUGAAAUUUGUGGAAUUAUGGAAGGCAAAACAUAAAAGUGAGCAAUGGCUUGAAGUUGUCGGUGCAGAAGCUGUACCCUACCAAUCUGAAUUUGUUUCUAUGAAAGAGAAACAAUUUUCAGAAGUGUGGCCUGUGUCCAGUGAUAAUUUGGCCACUGGAAAUAGUGAGAUAGAUAAUUAUACUUCUGCUUCAAAUGCUGGAGAUGAAAGACUAGGUUCAGUCCCUAAAUAUGAUCACGGUCAUGUUCAAAAUGUCAUGAUUCCCCAAUGGGCAUCGCAUGGUCCACCAGUUUCUCAAUCAUAUCCUGUACAAAGCAUGUCAUACUACCAGAGUUAUCCAGUUAAUGGCUCGGGUUUCCAAUCUCCAUAUGCUCCUAUAGAUGAUCCAGGACUCAGAAUCAAGACAAGCUUAAAGGAAUCAGAGAAUGGCGUAUAUCAAAAUAACAAGGAGUCUCGAAAAUCACGUAAAAAGGUACGCAAUUCAAGAAAAAUACAAUCUGACACAUCAGAGGGAAGUAAAUCAAGAAGUGAAUCUCAAUCAGCUUCAGAUAUCGGGUAUGAGGAAGAAAUUCAGGAUUUACAAUCUAAUACGCCAUCAAGAAAGCAUCAAAGCUCUUCAAAGUCCAUAAGAACUGCAAAUAUAGUUGAAAAAGAUCCGGUUGUGGACAAAGGAGGAGAUGCUGGAAAUUGGCAGACAUUUCAGAAACUCUUACUUAGAAUUCAAAGAGAGAGCACUAGCGCUGAUAGAGAUAUGUUCUCUAAUGAAGAGGCUCAACCGAAGAGAAGACAGAAUAAGAAUCCAACAGAUCCUAGUACUCCUCCUACACGAAACAAUAGUGAUUUGCAGGACCUGAGAAUGGUUGGAUGUGAUAAUGAAAGUAGAAGAACUGGAUAUUGCAAGUUUAAUAAUGAUGAUUUAAUGAUUAGUGAACAAAUGAAGCAAGUGAGCAAUAAUAAUCCAAUUUCAAAUGAGUACCAAAACAGCUCCCAUUUGCACAAAAGCUCUUUAUACAAUGCAAGUGAUGAGUCUUUUAUUGUUCCCUGUAGAUCAGGCUUACACGAGGAACCGACGAAAGAAAAGAGAAGUGUUAUUGAGAUGAACUCUGAUAUUCAUCUGGCACGGAAGAAUAAGGAUAAUUCUCAUGGGAACAAAGAUUGCCAGAGCUAUGAACCUCAUGAUUUGAACUUAAUGCCGGAUCGUGGUUUUGAAUGGAAAUCUCAUGGUUUUGAUCCUGCGAAAGAUUUUGACAUGCAGAUUUCGACACGAAAUUUCAUCAAGAAAGAAAGUAUAAGCCAAAAAGAUGUCUCAAAGAGGGCAAGAGAAGAACUGAAGGGAUUGAUAAGUAAAAAGACUGCACCGAUGACAAUCAGAGGGAAGUCCUCAAAAUUGAAUCCUCUUGCUGAUGCAAAAGCACGAGCGGAGAAGAUUCGGGCAUUUAAAGCAAAUCUUCAGAAAGUAAAGAAAGAAAAGGAAGAGGAAGAGAAGAAAAGAUUAGAAGCUUUGAAAAGGGAACGACAGAAGAGAAUCACUGCAAGAAGUAGUUCAAAUGUUGCUAAUUCAACCCUUAGUGCACCUCUCCCCAAACUCAAAAAGCCAAUAAGCCAAUCUCCAAGUACUCCAAAUAUCUCAAAGUUCGGUAAUUCUACACCUAAAUCUUCUUCCCCUUUACGUAAGAUGCCAAGAAGUAGCAAAUCACCUUCAAGUCCAAUGCAAACUCGAGCCUCAUUAACACCAAAGCCUUCUCCACUUUCUUAUAAAGGUUCAAAGUUCAGCGAUGAUCAGCCUUCCAAUUUGUCACCUUUAGUAAAGUUGCUUAGGAGCAACAAAACUAUUGCUCAAUCUACAAGUAAAUCUCAGGAAACAACAGUACAGAGACGAAUAAGGCUUUCUCCAAGUCCAUCAUCAAGUUUCAGCAAAGGCUCAAAGUUCAGUGAUUCUCAUGAAGUCACAAAAGUUAAUAGAUCGAAUGGAUUGAGACAAUCAGCAACCCCUGUAUCUAGGCCAAGUGAGAUUCAAGCUAAAAGAGUUUCUGAUCCUAAAGCUAGAAAAUCAAGUCCCGGUUCUUCAGUGAGGAGAAUAAGCAGUAGUCAACAACAAAAGGAAACAAUGAUGAGCAAGUCUCAGGUGAAGUCUAAGCCUGCUACUUCACGGAGUAGGACUGGGGCAUCAAAAGAAGCUUGUGGAGAAAUCAAGAAGAAUCAAAGUAAAACUUCAAUCAGCAACAAUGAAGAUGACCCGAUUGUUGAGAAAGCCGUUGUGAUUCUUGAAAAUAAAACAACCGCUGCUCCCAUUACUAGGGCAUCUGAUGCGAAGAAUGGAGUCAGCUCCUGUAAGGAUGGUAGAAUAGAGGAAAUUGAGUUGGCUUCAGAACUGCAGAAUUCGGUUGAGGUUGUCAAUGUACCGAAGGUUGUGUCUCAAAAGUUGUCAAACUUCCCUGUCACUAAAAAGCCAGAUCAAGAUCCUUUUGCUCGUGCAUUACACAGAGAAAAAUCCACUAUCAGAAGUCUAGAACAUGUUGGAGAACAUAUAGGUCAAAAAGAGGCUACAAUUGGCUCGGAGAGAAAUCGACACACAUGCAAAUCUAUGGAAUCAAUUUCUUUAGUACAAAUCCAUGAAAUACAUGAGAAACCUCUGGUUAGAGGAUCCCCGAAAGGGAUUAAGGAAGUUCUGAAAUUUCGAAGGAAAGGCCAGAGUUCAGCUUCAGGAGAACCUAACUCAGAUACCUCUAAUAAUGUUCCAACACUUAAAGAUCUUAUUUCUAAAGAAGAUCACUCCUUAAGCACUCCACCUAAAGCUUCUCGUACCUUUUCCCUCUUUUCGCCUUUCCAGCAUAAGAGUACUGAAAAGAAAGCUGCUGCUCGAGGUCUGAUUAGAGGUGAUGUGUAUCCGCAAAUUUUUUGGGGUGUUCCCCUCUGUAUAUGGCAAUUUUUGUAA